GGAGGGUGGCAGGCGAGCCGGGACAUCGGGCACCGCCGCAGAGAACAACUAUGGAGGAGCUUUCUGAGCCAGAAGGACCAAUCGAUUGGAAAGAGCGCUGUGUAGCUCUGGAGGCUCAGCUCAUGAAAUUCCGAGUUCAAGCAAGCAAGAUCCGCGAGCUCCUAGCAGACAAAAUGCAACAGUUGGAGAGACAAGUUAUCGAUGCAGAGCGUCAAGCAGAAAAGGCCUUUCAGGAGGUACAAGUUAUGGAAGAGAAACUAAAAGCAGCUAAUAUUCAGACCAGUGAGUCAGAGACACGACUAUAUAAGAAGUGUCAAGACCUGGAGUCCGUGAUGCAGGAGAAGGAUGACAUCAUUCAGAACUUGGCGCUGCGGCUUGAAGAGCAGAAACAAGUACGAAUACAAGAAGCUAAAAUAAUAGAAGAAAAAGCAGCUAAGAUCAAAGAAUGGGUAACAGUUAAGUUAAAUGAGCUAGAAGUAGAGAAUCAGAAUCUUCGUUUCAUCAACCAAAACCAGACUGAAGAGAUACGAGCCAUACAGACAAAAUUGCAAGAACUCCAAGAGAAGAAGUUAUCCCGUGUCUCCACAUCAAAGACCUCAGAAGGGCAGCGCCUGAGCAAUUUGUCGUUUGGAUGCUUCUUAUCCCGAGCAAAGAGUCCUCCUUGUGUAGUAAGAUCUCAAGAACUGAGCAAGAUGGCCCUAAGUGAACCUGAGAUCACCGAAGGAAGAUGUGUAGAAGAGAUGGAAAUUGCAGAGAAGCCCGCUGACAACCACGUCCAAGAGAACAGCAGAAGCCAGAGUACAUUGCCCGAGACCUCUUGCAGCUCAGAACAGAACCGGAAAACAAGAGCAAGCUUUGCUACAGAUGGUGGUACGUCCCAGAAUUCUGGGGUUCCAGUGAGUGAUUGGAGUUCAGACGAGGACGAUGGAAGCAAGGGCAGAUCUAAGUCCAGGUGCACGUCCACCCUUUCCAGCCACACGUCUGAGGAGGGUGGCCAGUGCGGCAGGAUGGGCAGCGAAGCCUAUCUCACAGCGUCUGAUGACAGUAGUUCUAUAUUCGAAGAAGAGACUUUUGACAGUAACAAACCUGAGCACAAGAAACUAUAUUCUUGGCAGCAGAAGGCACCAUGGAAAGCUCAGAGCAACCUUGCAAAGGGGAGUUCUCAGUCAGGAGUAAAGGAGCACGAUAGCUCCUCAGAUGAACUGAAUAAGAGAUUUCAGUCCCAGAGACUGGAUUAUUCAUCCUCAUCGAGCGAGGCCAACACCCCAAGUCCUAUUUUAACCCCAGCUGUAACCCCCAAACACCCUAGCUCACUCCCUGGAAAAGGAACACCAGUAGUGCCUCCACCAUGCCAACCACCCCCAAAGCUAAGGAUCCCCAAUGUUUUCAGUAUAAGUGUGGCACUCACCAAAAGGCACCUGAGCCAGCCACAGUUAUGUUCGGACCGGAUGUUUGGCGUGAACCGGAAUGCUAUAAGCAUGAUCCGGCCACUGAGGCCUCAGGAAACGGACCUUGAUGUGGUCGAUGGCGACGGUGCGGAAGCCGUGAACAGCAUGGACACGGGUUGUGAUGACGGCUUAUUUUCCUAUGACUCCCAGGAUCCUCCACAUGCAGAUGACCAGGAAAACUGCGAGGCCGCAAAGAAGGCCUCGUGCAGCAAACCCCCCACUCCUCCUUUGCACCGCUUCCCCUCUUGGGAGGGCAGGAUAUAUGCUGUAGCCAAAUCAGGCAUCCGAGUGUCUGAGGUCUUCAACAUGGAGAAUGCUGAUAAACAUUCUGCAAACAUACUUUCCUACUCUGCAGCAGGCCCUUACACGUCCCUCAUAUACAGGAAUAUGACGACCCCAGUGUAUACAACGUUGAAGGGGAAGGCGACACAAAUAAGUAGCAGCCCUUUCCUGGAUGAUUCCUCUGGCUCAGACGAAGAGGACGGUUCUAAGACCAGCUCCCGGAUUUUGGAGUCAGAUAUGCGCAGCCGCAGUGGGCCGAGCAGUCCCAGAGCCAUGAAGCGAGGCGUGUCUGACUCUUCUGAAAGUGAUUAUGCCAUUCCUCCGGAUGCCUAUUCCAUAGACACAGAGUGCUUACAGCCCGAGCAGAAACUCCUAAAAACCUGUUUGGCCUCCAGUGACAGUGGGAAAAAUGAACCAUUAGAAAAAUCUGGCUACCUACUAAAGAUGAGUGGGAAAGUCAAGACUUGGAAGCGGAGAUGGUUUGUUCUUAAAGGCGGCGAAUUACUUUACUACAAGUCUCCAAGUGAUGUAAUUCGGAAACCCCAGGGCCACAUUGAACUUAGUGCAUCCUGCAAUAUUUUACGGGGAGACAACAAGCAAACGGUUCAGCUGACCACAGAGAAACACACAUACUUUCUGACGGCUGAUUCCCCCAAUAUACUGGAAGAAUGGAUCAGAGUGUUACAGAAUGUACUGCAAGUCCAAGCUGCUAACCCCGUUUGCCUGCAGCCUGAGGGCAAACCCACAGUAAAGGGAUUGCUCACCAAGGUAAAACAUGGCUACUCUAAGAGAGUCUGGUGCAUGCUUGUUGGAAAAGUCUUGUAUUAUUUUCGUAAUCAAGAGGAUAAGUUCCCUCUAGGUCAGAUCAAACUCUGGGAGGCUAAGGUGGAGGAGGUGGACAGGUCCUGUGACUCGGAUGAGGAUUAUGAGACCAGUGGGCGCUUUCUGCUGUCUACUCACUACACCAUCAUCGUGCACCCCAAGGACCAAGGCCCUACUUACCUGCUCAUCGGAUCUAAGUAUGAAAAGGAAACUUGGCUGUAUCACCUCACUGUUGCAGCUGGAAGCAACAAUAUAAAUGUCGGAUCUGAAUUUGAACAACUGGUUUGCAAGCUGCUAAAUAUCGAAGGGGAGCCCUCCUCCCAGAUAUGGAGACACCCCACGCUGUGUCACAGCAAAGAAGGAAUCCUGUCCCCUCUGACCACACUGCCUUCGGAAGCUCUGCAGACAGAGGCCAUUAAGUUAUUUAAGACUUGCCAGCUCUUUAUAAACGCCGCGGUCGACUCCCCUGCAAUUGACUACCAUAUCUCUCUAGCUCAGAGCGCUUUGCAGGUCUGCCUGACACAUCCCGAGCUACAGAAUGAAAUUUGCUGCCAGCUGAUUAAGCAGACGAGACGGAGACAGCCACAGAGUCAGCCAGGACCACUGCAGGGCUGGCAGCUCUUGGCACUCUGCGUCGGACUCUUCCUUCCCCAACACCCUUUCCUGUGGCUCCUCCAGAUCCACCUACAAAGGAAUGCAGAUUGCAGGACAGAGUUUGGGAAAUAUGCCAUUUACUGCCAACGAUGUGUAGAAAGGACACAGCAAAACGGAGACCGAGAGGCCAGACCGUCCAGAAUGGAGAUCCUCUCCACUCUUCUUCGAAACCCCUACCAUCACUCUCGGCCCUUCAGCAUACCCGUGCACUUCAUGAAUGGGAUCUACCAGGUAGUUGGGUUCGACGCGUCCACCACAGUAGACGAAUUUUUGAACACUUUGAACCAGGACACAGGAAUGAGGAAGCCAGCGCAGUCUGGAUUUGCACUGUUCACGGAUGAUCCUUCUGGCAGAGACCUGGAGCACUGUCUUCAGGGAAACAUCAAGAUCUGUGACAUCAUUUCUAAAUGGGAACAGGCGUCCAAAGAGCAGCAGUCCGGGAAGUGUGAGGGCAGCAGAACUGUCCGUCUGACUUACAAAAACAGACUGUAUUUCUCAAUGCAAGCUCGUGGAGAGACCGAUCGAGAGAAGCUGCUGUUGUUGUAUCAGACAAAUGAUCAAAUCAUAAAUGGCCUUUUCCCUCUGAACAAGGAUCUGGCGUUAGAAAUGGCAGCGCUCUUAGCUCAGGUGGAUCUUGGGGAUUUUGAAAGACCUUUCUCAACUCCAGCUGGGCAUGUGACUAACCAGUGCAAAGCAAGUCAAACCCUCAAACAAGUCAUAGAGAAAUUUUACCCUAAACGGUACCGAGAAGGAUGCUCUGAGGAACAGUUAAGGCAGCUUUACCAGCGACUCUCGACCAGAUGGAUGGCCCUCCGGGGACACAGUGCGGCUGACUGCGUGCGCAUUUACUUGACAGUAGCCAGGAAGUGGCCAUUCUUUGGCGCCAAGUUGUUCUUUGCAAAACCCAUAACACCAUCAACACUUGGCAAUUUCGUGUGGCUGGCUGUCCAUGAAAAUGGGUUGAGCAUCCUAGAAUACUCCUCCAUGAGGUUGGUGAUCAGCUAUGUGUACAAGGGUCUGAUGACCUUUGGGGGCUACCAAGAGGAUUUUAUGGUAGUCAUUAGUACACAGUCAAAAGAGCGGCCAACAGAGAAGCUACUGUUUGCCAUGGCAAAACCCAAGAUUCUUGAAAUUACCCUUCUGAUGGCCAGUUACAUCAACAACUUCUAUCAGCAAAAGACAGCGUUUCACCACCUCUCCGCUCCAGCACUGCUGUCACCCAGGACCCAGGGACCCCAAGCCAGAGCCAUGGGCAGCCAGCCCCUUCCGUCCAACAGCAGAUCUACCAAAGGCCCAACCUUACUCUGAAGCUCCUGAGACUGAACCUUCACUCCUCCACUACGUGGCUGCAUCCGCUGCAAGCAAGCGUUUACACCCUGCCGACAUGGCGCCCACACCAACACUCCAGACUGUAGCAGUAAUGGGUUACUCUCUUACCUGACUAUUAAUAUUUAGAUAACAAUAAACACAAAAUGUGUCAACACACUCAUUGUGUCUUAGGCAAAGUAGGUUAGAACUUGUCUUUUUUUCCUUUCCCCGUCUCCCUUCUUGGCCAUCAGACAUUGUGCAAUGAUGCUUCCCAGUUUGCUUUUAAAUAUCCUGGCAAUCUUUUGAAAGGGAGAUUCCAAACUCUCAUUUGGUAAAACCAGUUGACUAUCUGGAAAAGCUCACUGCCAAAGAAUGCAAGUACUGGAAUCAAAUCUGCCUUUAGCUAAUAACGCGGUCUUUGAGGAGUGAGGUUUAGUGUAGAAUUCAGCUGUGGGAACAUAUACAGGGGGGCAAGUUCUUAGAGCAAGUGCAGUAAAUUGUCUGAGGCUGGGCGUCAUUACAUGAGACGACAGACCACUAACCAGAGCUGCCUCUGUGAGGUUAGGAAGUGUGUACCCUGCCACCUCUGUGGAUCACUAGAGUGUGUAAAAUGAGGUAGCGCGUCCAGGCAUCCCUGCCUGUCAGCAUAGCCUAAGAUCACUGAACAGUGUACCACAUUCAAAUGUGUUUAAUGCUAGCUUAGCUUGAUCUUGCUUUGUUAUAAAUAGUGUCUUUGGAAACAAAGAUGAUCCUUAAAGCUUUGUCCUUCACACAGUCUUUUCUAAUUCGAGUUUAAAAAUAUAUUCCAAAGUAAAUUCUAAUAGAAAAUACUUCGGCUGAAGGAAGUACAUUUUGAGUUGAACUUGUCUCGAGAUGCUGUAGUUAUCCCAUAGCUGUGGCAGAAUGCUUGGCAAAAAAACAGUCUAAGUGAGACAUGAUUGUUUCUGCAGUUUCAGAGAGUUCUAUCCCUGUGGCUUCGUCCUGUGCAGUCAGUGGCAGGAGCAUGUGGCAUAAGAGGUCUCUUCAAACUCAUGGUAGACAGAAGCAGAGAGCAAGGAAGGGGCCAGAGAAAGGUGCAACUUCAAAACCAUGUCCCCAGUGACUCACUUUCUCUAAGUUUCAACUCUCAAAAUUUCUACCACCUUUCAAACCAGCACAAAGUCUGCAGUCCAAGUGUUCAACACACGAGCCUCUGGGAACAUUUCAUAGUGAAAUCGUAACAUUUACAUUAAGUGGCCAAUACAUUUCAAGCUGGGCCAAGGUGAUGUAAUUAGUAUUCCUGAUAAGAUGAAACUGUGAUAAGAUAUGAAAAUUCUAUUAUAAAGAUGUUUAACCACAAGUCUACCUAAUUUUAUUUAUGUGUAGAAUGCUUGUAUUUAUUUUUAAACAUAUAUUUAUCAUUUUGUGUGCCGUAUUUUUUUUAAGCCGAUUUGAGAAAGUGCUAGGUGCCCAAUGAAUUUGUUGGCAGAGCCUCUGUGUCCCCCUCUUUGCUGUGGCAGUGUCCUGUUCUCACACUAAGCCUUUUAAACACUCUCUACCCUUAGGAGUAAAGUCAGGAGACAUGUCGCUCCCAUCAUAUUCUACUGUCUUGGUAAUGACAGAUUUUUUUCAAGCCCCAUAGACAUGGCCUUCAAGUGUCUGUUCACCCUUCCAUCUUUUGAACCACAACCACUCACUGAAUAAAUAGAUUCAUUUUUAAGAAUAAAUGAUUAACAAUUUGGGGUGAUUUUCAGAGUGUAUUUGAUUGGGAUAAAGUAGUGUUUUUGAGUGCCCAUAAAACCACUUACUAAUCGCUAGUGGGUGAGCCAGAGGCUGGGGCAGAGCUCUGAUUUACAGGUGAGAACAAGUCAUUCGCCAAGCAGUCCCAUCUGCCACGUCUUCAGGGUUAAAAGUAGUGAGUGCUCCCUUAAACUAUGGUGCCUUAGACUUUGCACUUACUUUUUGACAGAGCAGAAAUAAAAUAUUUUUGAUAGAAAGAAGUCAGUUUUAUGUAAUCAGUGAUGUGAAAAUUUUAGCUCCUGGGAAAUCCUUAUGUGGCCGUUUUUAAUGCAAGUAUAUUAUUGUGAUUGGUUACAAGUGAAUAAUGUUUCCUGUUCAGUUGUAAUAUUUCUCACCUACCGGUUUCUUUCCUCUCCGUUACAAUAAAUGAUUUAUGAGUCCCCUUUUGAACACUAUCUUUUGAAUAAUCUUCAAAACGUACCUAAUGGUUUCAAUGGUGGACCUGAGGUGGACUGUGGAGAGAGUGGCAGUCACUGCCCCCUGCUGCCUUCAUUCUGUGUCUUCAGCCCCCUGGUGGCUCUGCUUCAGUCACCUCAUAGGAGGCUGCUUAGACAAAUUGUAAUUUUAAUACGUGUGCAUUUGGAUACAUAAUAGACUAUGUAAAGAGGCAAAUA